ACGGAAUAGGUGCAACGUUCUCACUGUCAAAGUUGCUGCGAUAGGCACUGAUAGGCACGUGCUUACGUGGACGCUAAAAUCGUGCAGCUUUAUAUUUCAUAGAAGGAAUUGAAAAUAUAUACAGUUCAGGUGAUUGUUUUUUCUUGUAAAGGGUAAACACCCUCUAAUGUCAGUGCCAUCGCAAACGGUGUUAGCUUCGACAUCGCAGUGAACAUGAACGGCACAUCGCGUAAAGUGAAAAAUCCGUUGUUGUCCGCCGCUGGUCCGGAAUUUGCUUUCGACGCGGAGAACACAUUACUGGUACCAGUCACACCCGCGACACCAGCCGUGCUCCGAGACGAUCCUGAGCUCGAAAAUUUCAUAAGACAAGAGCCGGCCAAUAUCCAAUCUCAAUCCCCAUCAAGGACGAACGAGGAUUCUCUCACGAAUGCAUCAUUUCAGCCGAAAGAAAACAAGGAUACGGCGAAUCAGCCAGUAAAAUCAGGAUAUCUCACAUCGAUUCUCUCUUCUCUACCGAACCUGUCGUUGUCAUCAAUUAAAUCUGAUUCCUUGGAACCGCAAAUAAGUCAGACACCCGAGAACACUAGCGGAACGACGCACGAACCUAAUCCUUACAUAACGCCGCAAGGAUACCAAGGUUCUCAGUCGGAAAUACCAGGAUUCUUAGCAAUUAAUCCUCAGGAUUCUCGAAGUACAAACUUGUCAGGAUUUGCUGCUUUCGGUCCUACUGUACCCAACCCUUCUCAGCCCGUAGCUCCACCCAGUGUAGCUCAACCCGGUUAUGCGCCCGUGUCUUAUCGACUUGGUAACCAACGACGCUUGAAGUAUGCACCACCGCCUGAUCUAACAUCUAACAACGCAAAGCCAUAUCCGAAUCCAGCAUUACAGUCGUUCUUACCGGCUCAACAUGUAUCCGCACCACCAACUAUUUUGAAUCCGUAUAAAUCGGAGGGAUUGGUGCAGGGCAACAAUUCUAAUGUACAGCAGACCAGUUCUUUGCCCGAACAACUUCCAACGUCUGAGCAGCUAUCGCGAAACAGCUCUCUCCAUAAUUCAUUUCGAUCCAGUCCAGUCACAACAGGAAAGUCGUACAACUCGUCUGUAACGUCUACAAAUCAAAAUCCAUUUUUCGAAAGUUCUUCCGUGUCCGCGCAAUUUCCUUCAUCAUCGUCUAGACCGAUACCUGCACGAGUAUUGGAGCCAGCAACGCCGCAGAACACUCCGGCGAACGUCUCAUUUCCCGGCUUCGCUCCUUAUGUAAACCGGGAUUUACCAUCGACAUUUACAUCUAAUUUCGACAAAGAAAUAGCUGUGCUUAAGAACCCUAAUCUAAACUCGCCGCCGGAAUUUUCGAAAGGCAGUACCCUCGGGACGACCCCAGAAUCUGUGUAUAAACCGACAUUGAUACCCGGGGAAACCAAGGCCACAUUUACGCCAAUAUCGGCAGCCAAGGUAACGGAGAAAUUAGAACAUUUACUUGCGGAACAGCAAGAAAAUUCUUCUCGCGCAGCAACCUCCGAAGCUUCCUCGGAAGUUGACGAAAUUGCAUCCAGCGUCACUACCGAAUUAGUGAAAUCUUUCGAGUCGCAAAGCGACGCGCUAAAGGCUACAAAUGAGAUAAUCGAUAAGUCACACGAGGCGAAGCUGAAUGAUGUACAAGGGAAAGUCGCUCAACCUGGAAGUGACACAUGGAGUGACGUGUUUCUUGGGCGAGAGCCAGCGGCGCAAUCUGUGAUCCGCCCGGAAAUACAUACCACUGAUAACAGUCCGAUUGUAACGGAUCUCCAAGCGGCUAAGUCGAACGUACAUCCGCCUAAACAGCAUUAUCAAGUGCAAUCGGUAUCUGUGCCAAGCUCCACCUUUUAUACAGACAAGCCUGCAGAGCAAAAGUCGAGCUUAAACUACGUAUCGCCCGUUCAACUUCCGCAGAAAGUUUCUCCUUCCGCCGAUUUCUACAACUUACCGAAACCAACGGAACAGUCAGAAAGCGUGUUCUUUGAAUCAGCAAAACCGAAUCAGCUCUCGAGUUUCUCGUCUCAAGAAAGAAGUACAAAUUCUUCAUUUGGACAACCAGUAAUUAACGUGACAAAUAAUUCGCAGCAAGCUCAAGAAAAUUUCGCAUUUAGUUCUACAGCGAUCGAUUCACCGGCUUCUCAAGUACCGUUUUGGAAUGUUGAUCAAUCUUGUCAAUCGCAGGUGUUGAACGUUGCACCUACACAGCCGGUAUAUACCGCGCCCAACCAACCGGUAUACUCUGCUCCCACCCAACAAUCAGCGCCGGUAUUUUACAAUCCUGCCCAAUUCGCGAAUGAACUGCCUAAACAAUUGAGUUUUCCACAUACGUACGACCAACGUUCUCCUCAACAGCAAUCAUAUCAAAAUCCACCGUUUUACGGAAGUAGCAGCGGGCUGCAACAACCCUACGCUAUUCCUGCAGAAAAUAAUACCGCAUAUCCCUCGCCUGCUGUCUCGGUAGCAACGUCAAUACCUGAACCGACGGGAUCAGCCACACUUAGUCCUGUUCAAAUGUCAGUUAAUUCGCCAACUAAUCGCAUCACACCAGAUACCGUGCCACCGAGUUUUCAAAAUUGGGCCUCUGGAUCUUCUGACAAACGAAUGCAAUACAGAUCAGUAUAUCACCACUGGUUUUACCGCAAAGAGGUGGAGAGCAAAACACUAUGGCUGCCAUUCUCUAUGCACGACAGCUUAAAGCUAGAAGAAGCUCAUAAUUCGAGCGACAUUACGCCUGAAACCACGGUGGCUACUGAUGGCGGUCGUUACGAUGUUGACAUCUUACGUCGUCAAAGAGCACCCGUCUACUGGACUGGAACAUCUACCGAAGUUAGGCGAUGUUCCUGGUUUUUCAAGGAAGCAGCUGAAGCGAGAUACGUCCCUUAUAAUGAGAACACUGCUGCGAAACUUGAGGACGAAUACAAACUAGCAUGUCUGUCGAACACUUGGAAUCGAAGAGUUGAAUUAAAUAAUGGAGAAUAUAUUAUCUUCCAUAGCGCUAUAGUGCAGGUUCAUUAUCUACAACCGACAGGAUCUCCCGAUGCGACAGGAUCUUGGGGAAAUAACACUGCUUCAGAGGACAGUACAUAUUUACAGGGUUCUGCAAGUAGACCGAAAGUUGUUAAAAGAGGAGUCGACGAAUUCAAUAUAGAUGAAGGUGAAUCGGAGAAAGUAGAUCAUCUUCUAUUUCUCGUUCACGGUAUCGGUAGCGUUUGCGAUCUGAAGUUUCGCACUGUAGAAGAAGUUGUUGAAGAAUUCCGAAGUAUAUCGUUCCAAUUGGUACAAUCACAUUAUCGUACUGCUUGCGAACAAGGAGAUGUAAAUAGAAUAGAAGUAUUACCGAUCUCCUGGCAUACAGCACUUCAUUCCGAUACAGGAAUUGAUAAGAAAUUGCAAGCUAUCACGUUGGAAAGUAUUCCGAAACUGCGACAUUUUACUAACGAUACUUUGCUGGACAUACUUUUCUAUACUAGUCCGAUAUAUUGUCAAACUAUUAUGCAAACAGUCGGAAGUGAGAUGAACAGAUUGCACGCAUUAUUCAAAGAAAGAAAUCCUACCUUUGAUGGAGGAGUAUACUUAGGCGGUCAUUCAUUGGGUAGUUUAAUCAUGUUCGAUCUAUUGUGCCAUCAAAAAUCCGAGAAAGAAAAUGAAGACGAUACGAACAAUGAUGAAGAAAAUGACAGUAUUGGGCUUAUUGAGCCAAUGCCCGGGGCCGUUAUUAAGAAGCGUCUUAGUAGAAGAGUUAGCUAUGUAAUGGGGGCUGCAGGAACAGGCCAACCUUACAUACAUUAUCCGCAACUCAAUUUUCACCCGUGUGCCUUCUUUGCUCUCGGCAGUCCGAUUGGCAUGUUCGUAACGGUCCGAGGCAUUGACACUCUCGGAGAAAAUUUCACUCUGCCUACUUGUCCGGCUUUCUUCAACAUCUUUCAUCCGUUUGAUCCGGUAGCUUAUCGAGUGGAAUCAUUAAUUAAUCCUGAAGCCUGCAAUUUCCGACCUAUGCUGAUACCGCAUCAUAAAGGCAGGAAGAGAAUGCAUUUAGAAUUAAAGGAAACGAUGGCACGUGUCGGAGCGGAUUUGAAACAAAAAUUAAUCGAUUCCGUGAGACACACGUGGAACUCUGUCUAUCAACUAGUCUUAUUUCACAAACCAGACAACCAAGCUCUGGAACGCGAAAUCGAUCAAGUUGUCGAGGAACAGUUACACAACGCGCCGAGCGUACUGGAUCAACAUAACAACGACGAUAGUGGUGCCGAUUUAAAAAUUGGAAGACUUAACGGUGGUCGAAGAAUAGAUUACGUUCUUCAAGAAGCGCCUUUCGAAUAUAUUAAUGAAUAUAUUUUUGCUCUUACAAGCCAUAUCUGUUAUUGGGAAUCCGAAGAUACUAUGCUUUUGAUAUUGAAGGAAAUAUAUGGAACUAGGGGUAUUCAAACCGACGCGCAACUUCCUCAGCAGUCAAUGUCUAUUGAGAGAGUAUCUCCUUCUCCAUCUUUGAAUUUAUCUACCCUGUCACCUAGUGCAAGUAAUGGAAAAACAUCGCUUGAUGUAGGCGUAGACCCUACAGUGCCUAUGUCCAGUAAAUCUGUUGGUCCACCGCCUAAGACUGGUUUUGUACCGAAAUCCUGAUCGGUAGAAUAUUUUUCGCAUAAUUAUUUGCUGCGAGAUUAAUUUGUACUGAAACAAUAAUUAAUUUUACUUUUAAUCAAUAUUUAAAAAAUGGAACAAUUAGGUUGACAUUGCGCCUGACGUUAAAAAAGAAGACGCAAUGCAGAAAAAUUGAACUUUUGUAUCUACAGUGUUUUUCCACUAUCUGUAAAUUUUAUUAAAACACUAUUCAACAAUAUAUAAAUAUAAAUUGCACAAAAAAUUGGCCUAUAUGUAAUCAAUUUUUCGGACAAACUUUAAUUUGUAGCGAAUUAGUUAUUAGAUACAAAAUAAUGUAAAUAAUAUUUCGAUUUUUUGGUACGUAGAAUGAUCGGUAAUUUUCCACUGCAAUUUGGGUUCAUUUGCAUAUUCAUAUGUAUUAUUGAUACUUAGGCUGUGUGUGGUUGUAUGAUCGAAAAUAUGUACUGGAAUGUUAACUAUAGAGAAGAAAGAUAUGGAAAUGAGAACGUGCAAUUGGAAUAACGUGUGUACACACGAUUUACAAUUUAGUCGGAUAAAGAUAUAAUAGAUUAUAUAAACUUUUAUAAUCUGCUUGAACAAAUAAUGAACAUACCGAUUUUGAUCCUUAUGUACGCGCGUAUUUUAAUAAAUUACUGUAUUCUUUUA